AUGGUGCCGAAUUGGCGGAAAACGGCCGGUUUGCGUCCGUCAGGCAGCAAGUACCUGGUGCUGCUUUGCUUCUAUCUCCUUUCCCUGGUCACCAUGCUGGAGGCAAAAACGAUCAUCGAACGGGACGUCCCUCCGCCACGCAUGACCCCCGAGGUGUACCACCGCGAGCGGGCCGCCAUGCUGCUCAACGAAGCCAACGAGGGACUCGGGGGCGACAUCCAGCUCACCGCCAACGAAACCUUGGUCAACCGGUACCUCAUGGAGCUGAAGCGGGCCGAGCUGACCCUGGGCUUUGAGAACCCGUACGAGUUUCUGCCGGCUCGCCACCUGUUCGAGGUGCUGGACAAGAUCAACUCAUCGCUGCUGUUCCACCUGAUCCGCAAGAUGCCCAAGGGCGGCGUACUGCACGCGCACGACACGGCCCUCGCCAGCACUGAGGUGAUCGUGAAGGAAACGUACCGUGACAACCUCUGGCAGAGGGGUACCAUUUCGGACGGUACGGUCGAGUUUCUGUUUUCCCGCUCAAGGCCCGCGUCGGACGGUUUGGGAGAUUGGAUGGAAGUGAAGGAUCGCCGAUCGAUUGAUGGGGCCGAAAGGUACGAUGAGAGCAUCCGACGGUACUUCUCGCUGUACGAAGAGGACCCGCUGAAGGUGUACAAGAGCAUCAAUGACGUGUGGUCGCGGUUUACCAAAAUGUUUUUCGCCCUCGAUCCGAUUGUCACGUACCGGCCGGUUUGGGAGAGCUACUUCCGGGCCGCCCUGCAGGAGUUCUACGAUGAUAACGUGAUGUACCUGGAGUUUCGUGGGGUGCUUCCUCAGCUCUACGACCUGGACGGCCGGAAGUACGGCCCGGAGGAAGUAGUCGAGCUCUACAUCAACGUGACCGAGGAGUUCAAAACCACCCAUCCCCGGUUCGUCGGCACGAAGUUCAUCUACGCACCGUUGCGCAUCGCGGACAACCAAACGGCGGAUCAAUAUCUAGCCAUCGCCGAACGGCUGCACCUACAAUACGGUGACUACGUGGUCGGGUUCGAUUUGGUCGGCCAGGAGGACCUCGGUCGGCCACUGGUCGACUUCGCCGACAUGCUGCUCACCCUGCCACCGUCGCUCAACUUCGUGUUUCACGCGGGCGAAACGAACUGGCAUGGCAUGGCGACGGACGAAAAUUUGUUCGACGCCAUCCUUCUCGGCACGAAGCGCAUCGGCCAUGGGUACGCACUGCAGAAGCAUCCGUCGCUGCUGGACGCGGUGAAGCGCUCCAAGAUCUGCGUCGAGAUCAAUCCCGUUUCCAAUCAGGUGCUGAAGCUAGUGGAUGACCUCCGCAACCACCCGGCCAGCGUGCUGUUCAAAUCGGACUUCCCGCUCGUCGUGUCCUCGGAUGAUCCAUCGUUCUGGCACGCCACUCCGCUUAGCCACGAUUUCUACAUGGCUUUCCUGGGCAUCGCAUCCGCCCAUCAGGACCUUCGGCUGCUGAAAAAGCUGGCACUCAACUCGCUCGAGUACAGCCUAAUGAGCUCGACCGAGAAGAGUGCGGCUCAGGCCCUGUUCGAGCAGUUGUGGAAUGAAUUCAUCGACUCGAUGGUUGGGCAAAUAAUGGCAAACGAGCGUACUUGAGCAGCGAAAUAUUGUUCCUUCCUACACGUUUUGAAACGUUAUAUCGGUUAAAGUAUGAGGAUUUCCACGCAUGGACCACCGAAUAAGCGGUUUGGUAUGUUAACAUUUCUUUUGUCCUGAUGACGUAUCAUUUCCUUUAAAUUUUUGUUGUGAACUUUUUCGUAAUUCAGUUAUUCUCUGUAAAAAUCAAAUCAAGCCUGAAAAGCUUUUUAAGUUUCAGUUUCCCGUUGAUGU